AUGUCAUUGCUGACUAAAACUCCUUUCCUGAUGGACCCAGUGAAGAAAUCUUGUAAAGACAUGAAUUCACACCGGAAACAGUUCAAGAAGCUGUUGGGAUCCUUGGUGAUACUUGGCACAGUUACCACUAAAAACUGUGAGGGUCUGGUACUUCUAAGUCUUCCUCCAAAAGUCUUGGUGCCACUGAACUGGAUAAUGGUGGCUGAAGAGAUGUAUGUCAUCUACAGCCUUCACGUCUGGCCUCUGACCUUCUUGCAAGACAAGUGUUUACAGGAAGGAAAGCUGCACAAGUUGCAGCAGAACUUCCUAGAGUUCAAAGCAACUGUGACAAACUUUUGUUUGCCAUCAUCUCUCUCCUUUCUUUGUUAUUUAAAAUCCCUGCUCCUUACAAUUUGUCCUCCAGUAUUUUGUAACACGCUUAUCACCAACGUCAUCGCUGAGGAAAACUGCAAAGCAAAAGUAAAGGAAAUUGGCAAACUCCCUAGCACAAUGAACAAACUGAGACGUAGGACUUGCAUCAGGGCAGAACUGUUAAUUCACAUCAAAAUUGAGCUCCUGGAGGUGGCAAUUGACCCCAAAGAUUACACUUUUUCUGGACUUAAAGACGAAACUGUGGGUCGACUGCCUGGAAAAGUAGCAGGGCAACAAUUCAUCAUUCAGGACUGUGAGAAUUGUCAUAUCUACAUAUUUGACCAUUCUGCUGCAAUCACUAUUGAUGACUGCGUAAACUGCCAAAUCUUUUUGGGACCAAUAAAAGGCAGCGUGUUUUUCCGUGACUGCAAAGAUUGUAAAUGCAUAGUGGCCUGCCAACAGUUUCGCGCGCGGGACUGCAGAAAGCUGGAGGUGUUCUUGUGCUGUGCCACCCAGCCCAUUAUUGAGUCCUCCACAGGUAUGAAAUUUGGAUGUUUCCAGUACUAUUAUCCUGAGCUUGCUUUACAAUUUAAAGAUGCUGGACUGAGUAUCUUCAAUAACACAUGGAGCAACAUCCAUGACUUUACCCCUGUGUCAGGAGAAAAUAACUGGGGCCUUUUGCCUGAGAAUGCUGUAGUCCAAGAUUAUGUUCCUCUGCCCAGCUCCGAGGAGCUGAAAGCUGUCAGAAUUUCUACAGAUGCAACGAAAAGCAUAAUACCAGUAACUCGAGGGCGGAGACAGAAAAGCAGCGAUGAAUCGUGUUUGGCUGUGUUUUUUGCUGGUGACUACACAACUGCAAAUGCCAGGAAGUUAAUUGAUGAGAUGACUGGGAAAGGCUUUCAGCUGGUACAGACUAAAGAAGUCUCAAUGAAGGCAGAGGAUGCUCACAGAGUUUUCCAGCAGUGUGCAUCAGAAUUCAUUCCACUGCUUGAAAGAGGUCCAGUGGUUGCUUUGGAGUUCAGUGGAGAUGGUGCUGUGGAAGAAUGUCGAAGCACUAUAAACAAUGUUUUUAGUGGGACCAAGGUUUUUGUAUCGGAGAGCAAGGCAUCAGCGUCUCAAGAUGUAGACAAUUUCUACAACUUUGCUGACAUGCAGAUGGGAAUGUGAAGUUUAACAUGAAGGUGUUCACACAUAUGGUUUGUCUCAGCACUUGGAUGUCCCUUGGCUUGAAUACUGCAGUAGUAUCUGAGAAGUUUUGUCAUUUGGUUUUGUAUUUCUCAUACGUCCCUUUUAUAAAGCUAUUG